CAUGAAUGAGAGAAACGUGCCCCGCGUGAGACGUCGCGCGCGCCCGAGAGUGGGAGCCAAUGAGAACGCUGGGAGGGCCCGAGACCCGGCACUGAGAGCAACGGUCGCGCGCCGGCUCGCAGACGAGCGUCGCCGGGCGGGAGCGCGCGGGCGUGGAGCGUGCGGGGGCCGCGCGCUGCCUCUCAGAGGCCGGACGGCACUGCCGGGAGGCGGCGGCGACGACAACGACGGCGGCGGUGACGGGGCUCCACGCCGGUGGGGGGGUAAGGCAUUGUAACUCAGUUGAACUCUGCAUCCAGAAACUCCCAAGACUGAAGAUCAGAGACCGUUGACUAACCUGGAAACAGGGACCUCUUUGGAGCCUUGAUCACAUCCACAGUAACCCUUUUUUAAAAGUUCCAAGUGGAACUGAGUUCUUCAUCUUGCUUUGCUCACUGGGAAGAAUAUGGCUUCGGGGAUUUUACAUUUCCCUUUAGUUUUGGAUGGAUUCUACAGGAAACAAAGCCCUUAAAGGGUUUGGGAAUAACAAGAAGAGAUUGAAGACUGACAACUCGCACACUCUCUGUUUCCCUCCCCUUCAAAGAAAAGGAUUUACAACUCAACCUUGGGAACAGCUGCUGCCCAGUGCUAGCCAUCAGGAGAAAAGAAAACCAAACUACCAUUGCCAGACUAUAAGCCCUGAAGUCAAGGUGUGGGAGUGGUGGCACUGAGGAGACCGGGGACCCUGACCGAGGACAAGGACUGCAGUGAACACAGCUUCACCUUAAAGCUAGAAAGGGCCCCAGGUUCUUUCAGGAUCGAAAUAGAACCACAGGACACACCUUCCACAUCUUGUGGAAGUGCAGCAGUUGUGGGACUAUUACAGUCUCCUCAGAAGGCCUUUUCCUUGGCCUGAAGUGUUGCUCCUUGCCCUGAGCCUCUCCCCUUCUUUCCUUUCAAAGACCUGCCUCCAUCCAUGAUCUGUCCGACUGCCCGAGUUCUCUGCCUACGACCACUUGUAUGCGUAGCGUACAGUCUCCGGACCGUCUCCAGUUUUUAAACUGCACCAGCUGUGUUUCUUAGUCUCUUCUCCUGCCUUGUUCAGUGGAGGUGGUUGCUCGUCGUUGAGAAUCACCUUUCCCCCUCCCAUGUGCUUUCCUUCAUUUGCAAUCUGUUGACCUUUGGUUUCAUUUGGGAGGGGGAAGGGUGAUCACCGAACAUUUUUUUUUGGUUUCCUUCUGUACUCGUCUCUCGGUUGUUCCCCUAGUCCCAUUUUCUUGUGUGUCCUGCCGCCGUGUGGGCCUGGGCUAUGCGGCAGGGCAGCUCUUCCAUCAGAGCUCCAACAUGCCCUCAGAGUCUGGAAAGAGAUUCAAACCCAGCAAGUACGUUCCCGUCUCAGCAGCCGCCAUCUUCUUAGUGGGAGCCACGACGCUCUUCUUUGCCUUUACCUGUCCAGGACUCAGCCUCUCUGUGUCACCUGCAGUGCCCAUCUACAAUGCCAUUGUUUUUCUCUUUGUCCUGGCCAACUUCAGCAUGGCCACCUUCAUGGAUCCAGGGAUUUUCCCUCGAGCCGAGGAGGAUGAAGACAAGGAAGAUGACUUCCGAGCCCCCCUUUACAAAACGGUGGAGAUCAAGGGCAUCCAGGUGCGCAUGAAAUGGUGCGCCACCUGCCGGUUCUACCGUCCUCCUCGAUGUUCCCACUGCAGCGUCUGUGACAAUUGUGUGGAGGAAUUUGAUCAUCACUGCCCCUGGGUGAAUAACUGCAUUGGUCGCCGGAACUACCGUUAUUUCUUUCUCUUCCUCCUUUCCCUGACAGCGCACAUCAUGGGUGUGUUUGGCUUUGGCCUCCUCUAUGUCCUCUACCACACGGAGGACCUCUCAGGGGUGCGCACUGCCGUCACUAUGGCAGUGAUGUGUGUGGCUGGCCUAUUCUUCAUCCCUGUAGCUGGCCUCACGGGAUUUCACGUGGUGCUGGUGGCUAGGGGACGCACAACCAAUGAACAGGUUACGGGUAAAUUCCGGGGAGGUGUGAACCCCUUCACCAAUGGCUGCUGUAAUAAUGUCAGCCGCGUACUCUGCAGUUCCCCAGCUCCCAGGUAUCUGGGGAGACCAAAGAAAGAGAAGACAAUUGUAAUCAGACCUCCCUUCCUUCGACCAGAAGUGUCGGAUGGACAGAUAACUGUGAAGAUCAUGGAUAACGGCAUCCAGGGAGAGUUGAGGCGAACUAAGUCUAAGGGAAGCUUAGAGAUAACAGAGAGCCAGUCUGCAGAUGCGGAGCCUCCGCCACCUCCCAAGCCGGACCUGAGCCGUUACACGGGACUGCGAACACACCUCAGCCUGACUGCUAAUGAGGAUAGCAGCCUCUUGGGCAAGGACGGCCCCCCCACACCAACCAUGUACAAGUACCGACCCGGCUACAGUAGCAGCAGCACCUCAGCCGCCGUGCCUCACUCUUCCAGCGCCAAGUUGAGUCGUGGGGACAGCUUGAAAGAACCAACUUCCAUUGCAGAAAGCAGCCGCCAUCCCAGCUACCGCUCGGAGCCUAGCUUGGAGCCCGAGAGUUUCCGUUCUCCUACCUUUGGCAAAAGCUUUCACUUUGAUCCACUGUCCAGUGGCUCACGGUCUUCCAGCCUCAAGUCAGCGCAGGGCACAGGAUUUGAAAUGGGCCAGUUGCAGUCCAUUCGUUCAGAGGGCACAACCUCCACCUCCUACAAGAGCCUGGCCAACCAGACGCGCAAUGGAAGCCUGUCUUAUGACAGUUUGCUCACUCCCUCAGACAGCCCUGAUUUCGAGUCCGUGCAAGCAGGGCCUGAGCCAGACCCGCCUUUGGGCUACACUUCUCCCUUCCUGUCCGCCCGACUGGCUCAGCAGCGGGAAGCUGAGAGGCAUCCACGUUUGGUGCCAUCCGGCCCAGCACACCAAGAGCCCUCGCCAGUUCGCUACGAUAAUCUGUCUCGGCAUAUUGUGGCCUCCCUCCAGGAACGAGAGAAGCUGCUGCGCCAGUCACCCCCACUUUCGGGCCGUGAGGACGAAGCAGCCUUGGGGGACUCAGGCAUUCAGUCAACACCAGGCUCGGGCCAUGCCCCUCGCACGAGUUCUUCCUCAGAUGAUUCAAAGAGAUCGCCUUUAGGCAAGACUCCACUGGGACGCCCAGGUGUGCCACGUUUUGGCAAGCCAGAUGGGCUGAGGGGCCGGGGACUAGGGUCUCCUGAACCUGGCCCAGCUGCCCCCUACCUGGGCAGAUCUGUAUCUUACAGCAGCCAAAAAGCCCCACCUGGUGUCUCUGAGGUGGAGGAAGUAGCCUUGCAGCCAUUACUGACACCCAAAGAUGAAGUACAACUCAAGACGGCCUACAGCAAAUCCAACGGCCAGCCCAAGAGUAUAGGCUCAGCCUCCCCUGGCCCAGGCCAGCCACCUCUCAGUAGUCCCACAAGGGGAGGAGUCAAGAAGGUGUCAGGGGUGGGUGGUACCACCUAUGAGAUUUCUGUGUGAACCGUUGGCACCUCCCUCCCUUGCCCACACCUCUACGCCUACACCAAAGGGCCCCAGGCGGCCACUUCUCUUUCCUUAAGGGGCUCCCCUCCCUUGCAUGGACAAAUUAUAAAUCGCCGAUUCCAAGAGGAUGAGGGGCGUUUAUAAAAUGCAAUGGAGUUGGGGAGUGGAGUGUUGGGGCCCUAAAACUGGGGUAGCAACCCCCUUCACCUUUUAAGACCUGCCCUCCCUUAAUCCCUGGACCAGACUCAGUGGACACUUGUGCAAUUGCUCGCCCUGGAGGGAACCAGAUCAUUUUUAAACCAGAAAUAAUUUUUUUUAUUAUUGUUACGGAUUCUAUUUUUUUCCUCUUCUACGUUACCAGGUGUGUGUGUACAUAUAUAUAUAUAUAUAUAUAUAUACAUAUAUAUAUUAUAAAUAUCAAAGAAAUUAUAUAUCUAUCCUGGUAUGGGAAAGCAAGGGAGGGCUAUGUAUAAGAAGGGGGAAAUCUUCCCAUCCCUUAGACCAGCAGGAAAAAAAGAGGAGGCCUUUGUGUUUCUCCACAUUUCCCUCUUUUGUCCCACCUACCAACUAAGGAAGUAGCACCCCCUUGCUGUUGGUGCUAAGUGAUCAGGAAAGAAGAGAGGGGAAGAGGUGAGUGAGUUUGUGGUCUGGCUGAGGAGGGAAGGAUUUGGAAAAGAGCUAUUCUAGGCGCAUUGGCACUUAGCUUCCCCUGCAGAGGUUGGCAGAGGGGCUGUAACCUCUUGACUUUGGUGGUGGGAAGAUCAGGAAAAGAGCUUGUCUGGCUCUAGAAACAAUAUUAGAGAAUUCUCCCUUGUUGGGGAAGAGGGCUUAGGGCGGGCUGCUUCAAUUAGCCCCUCAAAGCCUUCCCCCAACUCAUUAGUUAGCAUUUUAAAUCCAAGGCCGGGAAAGAAGAGUCCAAAAAGCAAUAUUUUUCAUCACAUGCCAAAAAAGAAAAAAAAAAAAAAAGGGAUAAAGAGGAGAAGUGGCAAGAGUUGGGCCCUCCGAUUAUCCCGUGGGGUUACCUCUCAGCCCACCUCAGUAUGGUGCUGGGUAGAGGGGACCUGGGUUCUGACCUAAAUAGGGGAGAUCCCAGCCUCUAGACAGAGGCCCUUUUAUUUUUUAUUCUGAUUAGCCAUUUUAAACCAACAAGGAAUAAAAAGAAAUCCUGAUUUAACCAGC